AUGCUGCUUGAGGAGCCCAUUGACCGCGUUGCACAGGCGCUCGGCGAAUUCCUUUCGUCCGCCGACCUCAACGCGUCUUUCCUCACGACGCCUUACGAAUUUGCAGAAAAUCCCCAGCUCAGCGAGGUUUUGGACCUUCCAGAAAACGAAAACGAAGAAACAUCAGAUUUUGACAAGGCCAUAGAGAAACAAAAGACGGAGUUCUCCGUGCUUGCCGGCUUGACGAGAGUGGUGGAUACGUUGGUGCUGGAAAUCCAGGAUUCAGAGAACCAGACCCACCAGAACCUACUACCUGAAUCUCACGUUGUGGCGAUUUGCAAGCUCUGUUUGAUUCUAGAAUGGCAGGUCAACAGCAUCCACGCAGGAACCUACCCGUCCUCCAAGGCUGACUUCUUCACGCUUCUCCAGUUGGUGCUGGAGUCGCUCUUUUCCAUAUCGCUCAGCCAUAUUUCUCGAUUCUGGGACUUCUUGGAGCUGCGGAUUGGCCUCCUCAAAUCCAAGGUUUUCGAUAAAAACGUCACGCUGCACAGAAUAGCCCUUUUGGGGCUCUGCAAUGGCCUCACAGACAAGUAUUACGUGCGAAACUCCUUUGGGAAACUCGACUCCUACGCCAAAGACACAUUCAACGAUGAAUUCCAGGCCAGAGUCCGGAUGUUCCUUGCCAAUAUGCUUUCAUUCGACGAUCUGACGGGUCUCAAUAAAUACUUUGCUAUCGCCAACCGCGAGAGUAAGGAGCCUAUAAUCGGGAAAUCCAAACUGAGCGAUGACGAUCUCCUACGGGACCUCGUGGCCUUUUACCGCUUGCUGCGGAACCCCUUUGGCUACUUUAAAUCGCCACGUCAGCUUCAAACGCUUGCGUCUUCCGUAGAUAAGUUGGCGGUGUAUCUUUUGGAGCAGGAAGCCAAAUACGCUAAGAAGCACCCUGGCCGGGACUUGUACUCUGUGGAGCCAGCACAGCUGGAAGAGGAGAUUGCUGAAGCGACAGAAAAGCUGAAAAAGACUGUGUUUGUUCCUGAAAACUACUGGCUCUCGCUGUUUGAUGCUCAAAGAGAUGAGGCAAUCGAAACCGAGGACCGGGAAACCGUGCUCAAGCAGCUCGACUCGCUGGCUUUCCGCAGACUUCUUCUUGUACAUAUCUAUUUGGUGGCGACAUUCUUCGUGGAGCUUCUGGCCUCGAACAAAAGAGAGCUUUUGAGGUCCAUCGGAGGCACCGUGAAGCAUAUUUCUGACGAGACGACCCCUGAGUCCUCAGCAAGGAUUUUCCUUAAUAUCAAGCGUGACAUUCCUCGUCAGAGCCGAACAUGGGAAACCCAGCUCUCGUUUCUUUUGCUGACCCUCUCCCAAUCUGAAGAGCACUGGUGGUCGUGGCUUUUGUAUGGGAAGGAUAAAGACGGACAACCACUAUUGGCAGACAAAACGCUUACUGAUGAGGAGCUUUCGGCCACCAAAGAGAAGCUCACGUCGGCUCUUCCGUUCAAAACCAAGCGUUACUUUAACACACAUGCUACGCCUCAAUUAUCCAGGAAGAUGAAAACACAGACGGGCUUACAUUUGCUUGAAAGAGACGGCACGGACUCUACCGACUAUACAAAGCUUAUCGACAGUCUAACGACACAAAUUGAGGAGGCCAAGCAGGCCGGUGACACAGAUCGUGAGAAGGACCUUUUUGAAGAACGGACUGUGCUCCAUUGGAAGCGUCUCAAGGAAGCACGUCUGAAUCUGUGGCUUCAGCUUGGCGAUUUGCUCAAAACUGAGGACAUUGAGUUGAAGAAGGAGCCUAAGACUGAGGAUAGCAUGGACGUUGAACUGGCUGCGAAAUUAGAAGCUCUGGAGGCUGAGCCCGUUCUGGAAUCAAGGAAGAGGGCCAGAUCUCCUGACGAGGAAGAGGAAGAGACCACCAAGAAGCAGAAGGUGGAGAGUUGA